AUGGCGGCAGAGCCGGUUUUGGGUUUUCUCUGUCUCCUCCGGAGAGAGGUUCUUCGGGGGAGACACAUGAGAAUUCGCCGCCAUCUCUUUGCGUCUGCGCCCUCGUCCUCUUCUUUUCCCGCAUCGUGUGGAUGGUCUUUUUUCUCCGCUCCCGGCAUCGUUCUUCGUGCUCAGUCGUCCGCCCCAUAUUUCUGCACUGCCGUGAGACCCCGUUACGCACUUUGUGUGAGAUCUCAACACUUCCGCGCUCUCUCAGAGAAAACGCAAACAGAUACUUGCUCUGCCCGCCGCAUUUCACCCUCCCCCCCCUCUUGCUCAGUGCCUUCCUCUUCUCUCUCAUCUUGCCGGUCUGCUCGUCCUGCCGCCUCCCCUUUCUCUUCGGCCUCGAGUUCUUCAUCUCCAUCCUCUUCUUCCCCUUUUUCCCCUCUCUCUCGUUCCCCCUUUUCUCCUGCCUUCGCUCUCCAUCCUCGUCUGUUCUCCCCUCGGUUCCCGUCUUCCCUUUUCUCCUUGCCUUCUGCAUCUUCUUCGUCUACUUCCUUUCCUUCUUCGUCUCCUUUCUUUUCUUCUUCGUCUUCUCCUCUCUGUGUUUCAAGACGCUUCUCGACUCGCAGCAUCAGCGGCAGAUUGUUCUACAAACGCCGCCCGCUGCAAGUCCCGAAGCUGAAGCCUCCCAACAUUCGCAGCAAGUGGCUGGAAGGCGCUCCGCAGAAGAAAGGCAUUUGCGUCAAGGUGCGAGUCCAAACCCCGCGAAAACCCAACUCUGGACUGCGCAAAGUCGCGCGCGUGCGGCUGAGCACCGGCAGAACCGUCCUCGUCUACAUUCCAGGCAUCGGCCACAAUUUGAACGUUCACUCCACAGUCCUCGUUCGCGGUGGUAGAUGCAAAGACGUGCCUGGUUGCAACUACAAAGCCGUUCGGGGCGUGGCAGACCUUCUGCCUGUGAAGAACCGCGAGAGAAAACGGUCCAAGUACGGCGUGAAGUUGUCGUCGGAGAAGAAAGAGUGGAGACUCCAGAGAUGGAACAACAAACACCUGACCAUCGAGAAGGAUCGCGACAUGUUCAACCAGUUUCGGUGGAUGACGUGGAAGGACGAAGAAGGCCAGAUGCGCACGUCUCCGCUCGCUGACGACGAAGAAGUUCCCAGACACGUGCACCUUUUCAACCGCUGGUAUCGCCUCAAAAUGCAGCGCGAGGGCAAGGAAACCUAA